AUGACGGAACUGAUAGAUAGUAUAAAUUCUACAUGUACACAGCAAAGAUCAUCCACAAAUAAACAAAAUAUAUCGAGUGAUGUUGACGAACUAAACGAUGAUGAUGGCAAUGACAAUGAAAUUGAUAAUAACAUUGAUCGACAAUCUCACCGUACAUUAUCAGGCAAUAGUAAAAAUUCUGUUAAAUUAAAAAGGCUUUCAUCAAGUUCAUCUUAUUCUACAACUUCACCUCGUACUCAAAAAAGUAUUUCGCCUACGUAUGAAUUAUCAGGCGAUCAUCAUGAAGAUUUGCAACAAACACUCAGAUCAGCAAGUACCACUUUCAAUUACAAUAAUAAUAAUAAUAAUAAUAAUAAUAAUAAUAACAACAACAAUGAUGUUUCUUUUACAAAGCCGAUAAAACCAGUACAACAAACCCGUACACUUGCUCAGAUUCGUGAACAACUUGCUUUAAAACGAAAAGCUGGUGGUAUUCAGCAGCAGCAAAAUGCGACAGCUUCAUCCCCGGAAUCCACAGUUCUUGCUCAAGUGAAGAGAGAGUGUGUUGAAAACGUUGAUAGUAAUCAAAUACGUCAUUUAUUUGAAGAAAGACAAGUAAAGUUAGAAUCAACGAUUAUCAAUAAUAGCAAUAACCAACAACAGGAGCGAGUGUCAAUAUUAGAAUCAGGUAAAGUCAUUAUGACUUCGAUCAAAAAUGAUAUAAAUUUAUCUAUAAAACAAGAAGAAUCAAACUUAUUCUCAUCUUCAUUUGGUCAGCCAGUACCUGCGCAUCCUUCAACGAAUCAUGAGUCGACAAUCAUCAAUUGUUCGACAACAUUAUCAUCAAUAUCGCAUAAUAAACAAACAUCAGAUGAAUUAACUGAUUUUGUAUUUAAUGAUGAUGUUCUACAUGAUUUAGAUAAUUAUCAGUGUUAUACAAAUCCAAUUGAAUUUGAUCAAUUUACUGUUUCAAUGUUAGAAGAUCAAUUUGAUGUUAAUGGUACAGAUGAGCAAUUAACAAGAACAGUAUCAAAUUCAGAUUCGUCAUUAUUGACAACGAGAAAAACAUUGAUAAAUAGUGAACAACAAUUAUCACAGCAACGAAAAUCAAGUACAGAGUGUAUAGAUUUCGAUAGUAUAUUGCAAGAAUUAAAAUCUGUUAGUGAAUCACAUCAAUCUGAUCAAGAACAAUCAACACUAGAAAAUUCAAACAUCAUGACUAUUAAACAGGAACCGACUAGUCAAAGUACAGUCAACAUGAAACAUCUAGAAUCUAUAUCAACAUCGACGGGUGUCACUGCACAAGCUCCAUUAGAAGAUGAUUUCUUUUCAUUUUUAUCUUCGACUAAUAUGAAUAAUUCAAAUAUGGACUCUUCAACUACAUUAUUGCCAAGCAUAAAUACAAUGAUGACAUCCUCAUCUACUGUUCAUAAUCAAUAUUCAUCUUCAACCACUCCAUCAGGAACAAUAUCACCGCCUAAACGAAAAGCUCGUUCAAAAAAAAAAGCACAAUCGCCAAAUUCUGUCGAUACAACUAAAAUAAAAAAUACGCAAAAAAAAGAGCGUCGACCUACAACUACAAAAAAAUCGAAAAAAAAUGUUCAACAAUCAACUGAUCAAAAUAAUUAUAUUAUUAAUAUAGAUCAAUUAUUAGGAGAACAACAAACACUACCUAUUCCUUCUUCCACCGAUGAACAUUUACGUCAAUUAAUUAAACCUGAACAGUCAAAUACAUAUUGGACAACGUUGGUUGAUGAACACAACAGAAUGAAUACACAACAACAACUGAUGAAUAAAUCUGAACCAAUGCAAAUUGUUGUAUUACCAGAUAAUUUGAAACAAACAACUAUGAAUACUCAAUUAUCACCAACUAAACAACCAUUUUUAAAUUAUACUCAACAACAAAUAAUAAAUGCAAUUAAAAAUAAUGAACAUCAUAAUGCAACAACACCAACAAAUCCACAGACACUUUCUAGUAACAACAUUAACAAUGCAAAUAAUCGUGUAAUGAAUCAUUUACAAACAACAAAAAAUGCACAAGCACUAGCACUGAAAGCUGUUGCACGAAAUCAAUUUGCUAAAAUUAAUUAUCAAGUGCAACAACAACAACAACAACAACAACAGCAGCAGCAACAACAACAACAGCAGCAGCAGCAGCAACAACAACAACAGUUACAGAACACAAUGGAAACAGGUUUACAAGAUAAUAAUUUGUCUCGCGUAUUUUCACCAUCUCAUUUACUAUCAAAUACAAUUAAAUCUGACACAACGAUAAAUGUUGAUCAACAAUCGCAAUCGGUAAUAAAUCAGCAAUUUGAUUUUCAAUCACGUGUAAAUAGUCAUGUUACUAAUCAAUCAUCAUCUCAACAACAAAAAUCACCUUCUACCACUCUCUCAUUGACACCUCAACAACAACAAGAAUUAUUACAACGUAUAAUUCGUCGAGAUUUAAUUCAACAAAAUGGUUCAGUAGAUAUGAAUCUUGUACAAAAAUUAUUAAAUCUAAAUUCAACUACAGUAUCUACAUCAAAUUCAACUGGUGUUAUGAACCAAAAUUCAUCCAUAACUUUACCUAAAACCAUUUUAAACGAUUCUUCUUCUUCAUCCGUUUUAGCACGUGUUCAAACACCAUAUAAUAGUACAAAUAUAUUUAAUCAUAAUCAACCACAAAGACUUUUAACUUCACCAUCAUGUUCAUCAUCUUCUCAAUUAAGUAAUAAUAUAUUGAAUAUUACAAAUGAUAUUUCGAAAAAACUUUCACCAACUAUUAAUGAUAGUAUAACAUCGGCACCAAAUAAAAUUCAAUAUAAAUGUACUUGUGAGUGUAAAGCAAUGAUUGUAUGUAAACGAUGUGGUGCUUAUUGUCAUGACGAAUGCAUUGGCCAAACAAAACUAUGUGCAAAUUGUUUAGUCAUGACACCAUCUUGA